UGUGGGUAGAACUAGCACAUUCCCCUUUCUUAUAGAUCAGAGUCAGAAUCUUCACUGACCUAUGAGCUUGUCUUCCACAAUGAGCCUCUGUGCUCUGGUCUUGGUGUCUUUAUCAGCAUGUAUGGCUUGGGCAGGGCACCUUCCCUCAUCACCUGUGGUGAACACUGUGUAUGGCGAAGUCUUGGGGAAGUAUGUCAGCUUAAAAGGAUUCACACAGCCUGUGGCCAUUUUCCUGGGCGUCCCCUUUGCCCAGCCCCCUCUUGGAGCCCUGAGGUUUUCUCCACCACAGCCAGCAGAACCAUGGAACUUUGUGAAGAAUGCCACCUCCUACCCUCCUAUGUGCUCCCAAGAUGCAGUUAGAGGGCAGAAUGCCAAUGACCUCAUAACCAACAGAAAGGAGAAAAUUCAUCUGGAGUUUUCUGAAGACUGUCUCUACCUGAAUAUUUACACGCCUGCCGCCUGCCGACUUGAGGAAGAACAGUAGGUUGCCAGUAAGUGU